CAAAUAACUUAUUUUUGAAGAGGUUAUAUUUGUGCUCCUGGCAGUGUUACGAAUUAACUGAAAUAUGGAACAAAGCUGAAAAGACUACACUCUUGAAGAUGGUUGGCCAAGAGCUAAGGUUGAAUUUGUUUUCAGUGUUCUUAGUGUAGGUAGUGUAGAGAGAUGCUCGUUUUCACAGGCUUCCUGGGACUCUUAACUGUAGUCACACUGGGAGUCAUGAAUGUCCAGUAAUUCAGGGAACUCAAAAUGUAAGGUGUAUUUAUGUUCAAAUGAACAUUAGGAAAAAAAAUCCUCAAAAUUAAUGGUUAACCUAGAGGAAAGCCAUGUUACCAAAGCAUGGAGACUAUGAUGUAGGUCCUUCUGUUAGGGUCAAUGUGGGUUUAUUGCUAAAAAGAUCCAGUGGGUAGCUUUAGGUUUAACUUUGGCUCACCAACCUUAAUACUUCCUUUCAGUGAUGGCUAGAAGUAAGACCUGAAUGUCUUCCCAGCAGCUCUGGCAUAUGUGUGUUUUUGCAAGAAGAGAAAAGGUCUUUAUGAGACUUCAUUUAAAUACUGAUUAUUAAAGUGAGGCUUUAAUUGGUGUUAAUGCCUUAUGUCUAAAAUGUAACACAAAUAGAAUUUUCCUGGGGCAGGAUAAUGAGUGGUAUUUUUAGGACUAAUACAUUGAAAACUGGUUCAGACUAGUAAUUGAACAGUUUUCAAUAGCAUGAUUAGUCAAAUUAUGACUUUUACAAGAAGCUUUUGGGGUAGGUUGGAGUAUUUAUUACAUCUUUUACUGUUCAGUGUCUAACGUGGGCCUUUUAAUUUGUAAACAAAUGAUUGUGGGGCUGUGGAAAAUAUUUAACUAUUUACCUUUUGAAGUAAGUUUUAAAAGACAGUCCACUUUUUAGCAUGUGUGUUGUGUCCAGCCUGUGGUUGUCUUAACUAAUAAAUGUGAUUUUUCUCCCCGUUCUCUCUUUUAUUUAUUUGCGUUUAGGCCUCUCGUGUGUUUCCGGGGUGUGGAAAACACACAAAUGUUACCCAGCUUUGCAGUUAAUAUAAUUGCUUUCCAGCAAUACUGUUUUUACUAGCAUCUUUUUUUUUAAACAUUUUCACAUGUUCUUGUAUGGAAUGAUUUUCUGAACCUGUCCUACACCACCUUAAAUGUGAUGAAUUUUAACUUUGCAUAUUCUGUUCAUUGCUAAGCUGCUACCCUCUACAUAAACUGUUUAUUCCUGGUAGUCCAGUGGAAUAGUUUGUUCUUUGCACCUGGGUUGAUCUUUCAAGGUUUCCCUAGCCACUUUAAGGAAAGCUGGAAGUGGAAAUCAUGGCUUUUGGAAUCAACCAUUUUCCUCCAUCUGGGCUGUUACACUUUCCACUAUUGGGGCAGUUUUCUUAAGGGCUGUAAGUGUUAAAAUGGAGCUGUAAAGCCACAAGUCCGCUCCGUAAUCCUGGAUCUCCGUUUUAAGCAGGUUUUCACAAGUUAUUUUUGAAGGGUACUCUGGUAGAACAGCUUUGUGUACGUGAGUGGUUGGUUGGCAGUGUGCCUCCACAUUAACCUGGAGAGUUUAAAUAUUGCUGGGCCCUUUUCAGCAGUUUGUUUUUUAAGUAACGUUUCCAGGUGAUGCAGGUGCUGCUGGCCCAGGGCAUCCCUUUUAGCACCAAUAUGUAAAGGGACUAUACUUCCCCAUCACAGCCCCACGCGCACUCCCAGGAGAGGGCAGGCAGGACAGCGGCAGCAUUUUACUAGCGAUGCACGCAAGGCGUGGGUCUCUAAACUACCAUUAAGGAGUACAACUUGGAACCAAGGUUUAUCUUCGUGAACACUGAAGUCUCAGAAGGUGUAUUUAAAUGGUAGUUUGUAGAACACCGAAGUAUUCUGAUGUCUCAUUCGCGAAAAAAAAGGAAGGUAAAGCUGACUCAAUAGUGGCAACAGCGGGAUAGUGAAAAGUAGAUGGGAAUGAUCUUUAUCGGUGUUGAAGGCAAAAAGAACAAGUAGAGGGAGCCGGACGUGACGGAAAUAAGAGGAGGCCCAAGUUCGCCUUGAGUGGGAUAGGCACGCGGCGGUGGCGGCAGCAGCCGGAACGCAGUGACGUACUUCCGUUGGUGGGGCUGGGAGCGCGCACGCUCACUUCCGUCGCGCCUGCGCAGGUGGCCCCCCUACUCCCGGUUGUGGCGGGUUUUCGGGAUCAGCCUCUCAUAGGAGACUGUGCAGUUUUAACUCCCGAGGGCGAUGCGCUCCGGUGCAGCCGUCAGGGCCGGCCGGAAAGUCUGCAGGUGCCUGUUGUCUGGGUAUAGUCGAGUAGAUGGGGGGCAGCCGGAGCAGUUGACGGGAGGGAGCGGCUCCUUCGUAGGGCCCUUGAGGUCGCACGCGGAGCCGCCCCCGGUGAGCGAGCCGAGAGAAGGCCCCGAGUCUGGCGGCGAGGAGAGCGAGGCGCUGGUAGAGAUCUGUCAGAAAAGGCGUUUCCUCAGUGGCACCAAGCGACAGCUUAGUCGAGAUUCUCUUCUGAGCGGGUGCCACCCCGGCCUUGGCCCCUUGGGCAUAGAGUUGCGGAAGAACCUGGCGGCGGAAUGGUGGUCCUCGGUGGUGGUGUUCAGGGAGCAGGUCUUCCCGGUAGACGCCCUCCACCGUGAACCAGGCCCUUCGCUGCCCGGGGACAGUGCCUUCAGGUUAGUUUCUGCAGAAACGCUACGCGAAAUCUUGCAAGAUAAAGAGCUGAGUAAGGAACAGCUAGGAGCAUUUCUUGAGAACUUACUGAAAACUUCUGGGAAACUACGGGAGAACCUUCUUCACGGUGCCUUGCAGCACUAUGUUAAUUACCUGGAUCUGAUAAACAAGAGGCUACCUUUUGGCCUUGCUCAGAUUGGAGUGUGUUUUCAUCCUGUUUCUGAUACUAAGCAGACACCUGAUGGUGUUAAAAGAAUUGGUGAAAAGACUGAAGCUUCACUGGUAUGGUUUACUUCAGCAAGAACUGCGAGCCAGUGGCUUGAUUUCUGGUUACGUCAUCGACUCCUGUGGUGGAGAAAGUUUGCUGUGAGUCCAUCUAACUUCAGCAGCAGUGAUUGUCAGGAUGAAGCGGGCCAAAAAGGAAACAAACUUUACUACAAUUUUCCGUGGGGAAAGGAGCCAAUAGAAACCCUGUGGAAUCUAGGAGAUCAUGAACUUUUACACAUGUAUCCUGAAAAUGUAGCUCAAUUACAUGGCAGAGAUGGACGGAAAAAUGUGGUUCCUUCUGUUUUAUCCAUAAAUGGAGAUCUAGACCGAGGCAUGCUGGCAUAUCUCUACGAUUCUUUCCAGCUAACAGAGAACUCCUUUACAAGAAGGAAAGAUCUUCAUAGAAAGGUGCUUAAACUUCACCCUUGUUUAGCCCCUAUUAAGGUUGCUUUGGAUGUGGGAAGAGGCCCAACAGUGGAACUAAGACAGGUUUGUCAAGGGCUAUUUAAUGAAUUAUUAGAAAAUGGAAUAUCUGUGUGGCCUGGUUAUUUGGAAACUGUGCCAUCCUCAUUGGAACAACUUUAUUCAAGAUAUGAUGAAAUGAGUAUCCUCUUCACAGUGUUGAUUACUGAAGCUACUUUGGAGAACGGAUUAAUACAUCUGAGAAGUAGAGACACCACAAUGAAGGAAAUGAUGCAUAUAUCCAAAGGGCCUCAGCCUUCACAGGAAGAUUGUAUUCCUGGUCUCAGAUCAGCUGACUGCACUAACUGGCAACAUGGAAUGUCUAUACUGCAGUUGAGACAGUUCCAGUGGGGUCAAGCGCCAGUUGCCCACAGCAAUGCCCAGCUCAACCUUAUACCUCGUUCUGGCUUUUCCUCCAGUCCCUCACACCUGUUCCCUAGUGUCCCUUCUGUUCCACACAAGGCCUUUUCUCAGGCUCUGCUUUCCAGGCUAGCUCAGGAUAAGACUAUCAGAAGGCCCUAGAAAGCAGCCCUGGGAAACGGAAUUCCUCCCAGGAUGGAUGGCAAUAAGGACUCUGUUGCCAGUGGUAAGGGGAGUGGAGAUAAUCCUUACAUGCCAUACCUUCACAAUUACUAAGACUUUCCCCUGCAGCGGGGAAGGGAGCAGAGGUAGAUAAUGAAGCACUAGGUUAUGCAAUAGUUCUAGCAUUUGAAAGGCAUGAGGCAAUAGUAAUUAUAUGGAUUGUGGAGUUGGUUGGCUUCUACUAACUGCUUUAGAAGCUUUGCAAGAGAAAAUGAGAGGCUGUCAAUUCGGGGCAUGCUGUGAAACCCAGGGGCAUUCUGGACUUUGAGACCUCAGGUCUUAAUAGGGGACUUCCCUGGUGGUCCAGUGGGUAAGACUCCACACUCCCAAUGCAGGGGGCCUGGGCUCGAUCACUGGUUGGGGAACUAGAUCCUGCGUGCAUGCCACAACGAAGAAGCAACUAAGACCCAGUGCAGCCUGCAUACAUACAGACAUACAUACAUACAUAAAAAAAUAAGGUCUUAAUAGGAUCAAAUCCAGUUACUGGUAUGCUUAUUAAUUUGCUAGCCCCUCCCCACCCCUUUCCUUCUCUAUUUCACUCUCCCUGGGCCCUCAUAUAAACAACCUGCACCAAGUCCUUGCCUCAGGCUCUGCUUCAUGAUUAAGACAUGAAGAAGCUAACGGUGGCCAAGUCACUAAGUUUAUAACCUCAAAGACUUAAUGAUUUCUAAGGGGAGCAGCCAAUUAGUAUGACUCAAGCUAAGCAUGAUCAUACUAUGAAUAGCUAGUCAUUUUUUUAGUUCUUACUUUGUGCCCAGCCCUGUUCCAAACCUUUUACAUCCAUUACCUGAGUUAAUUCUCACAGCAGCUCCAUGAUGUAGGUAUUAUUUCUCUCUCUCCCCCUCCUCUCCCCCACCCUCUCAAAUGAGGAAACUGAAGCCCAGGGAGUUUAUGUAACUUACCCAGAGUCACACAAUUAGCACAGGACUGAACCUGGAUUCAGCUCAGUCUGACUCCACAGCCCCCACACUCUUAGCCUCUGUGAUAUACCGAUUUCUUCCAAAUAACAAUAUCAACAGAGAAAGGGGGGAAAUUAUGUUCAUGAAUGCUGCUUUAGGCAACAAAAUCCUCAAAUUCAUCUGGACCUGUGUGCACAGUAUCCCUUCCCACCCUGAAGAUGCAUUCCCACAGCCAGUGCUGCUGCUGUUCUUUGCUGGGAUUUAAGUCCCAGUUCAACCACUUACCAAGCUAGGGAUGACCCUGUGAAAUUACCCCAUUUAAGCCUAAAUUUCCUUACCUGUAAAAGCAAGUUAAUAAUACUGGCCUUGUAGGUGUUCCACAGAUUUAGUGUCUAAUAGCUAAUAGCUAUGAUUUUUCUAGUCAGAGGUCCAUUGUUGGGAACAGAGAAAAAGAACAGAGCAGAAGAAUUUUGGUCAAGUUAUUUUGUUUGUCUGGAACCCAAGAAAUGCCUCUUGGCUUUAUUGGACUUGACUUAUAACUCCUAGGAUAAGAGAUUCAAACCAGAAAUAAUUUUGUCCCCUGAAGUGGGCUGAAUGGUGGCUCCCCAAAAAGAUAAGUCCUAACUCCUGGAACCCGUGAAUAUCACCUUAUUUGGAAAAAGGGUCUUUGCAGAUGUAAUUAAUAAGUUAAGGAUCUCAAGAUGAGGUCAACCUGGAUUGACCUAAAUCUGCUGAGCAGUGUCUUUAUAAGAGAAAGGCAGAGGGAGAGAAGGCCACGUGAAGAUGAGGCAGAGAUUGGAGAGGUGCUGCCACAAGCCAAGAAACACCAGGAGCCACCAGAAACUGGAAGCGGCAAGUGAGACUUCUCCCCCAGAGCCUUUGGUGGGAGCGCAGCCCUGCUGACACCUUGACUUUGGAUUUCUGACCUCUGGAACUGUAAGAAAAUACAUUUCUAUUGUUUUAAGCCACCAGUUUGUGGUAAUUUGUUACAGCAGUCCUGGGAAACUAACCUACUUCUCUCUUCUCGCCCAAGUCAACUCUGCGCUGUUCUCUUGACAGAGAGCUGCUGGGAAAUGCAGCACAUAAAGGCAUGCCUUUGACACGACCUAAAUCUUGAUGACUGAGAAAGUCCAUGGAAAUCAAUAUAAAUAAUUUUGCAGGCUUCCAAAAGCUGAGAGCAAAUUUUAAUGGCAAUGGAUAAUAAAUGUGUACUUG